AUGGCUCCUACUCUUGGAGAACCGCGCGAAUCCCCCAAACCGCAGCCGUUGGGCAACUUUCCUCUGAUAUUCCUCUUCACAACUUGCACAUGUUGUGUCCUAUUCUUGCUAUGGAGGAGAGCUUCGUCGUUGCGGACUGUAGUGGCUCAUCGAUUGAACACUUGGUCUCGUAGGGAAGGCAACAUUCGUCUUUCAAUAGACGACGGUCCUUCCUCUCGGGAGUUCCUGGACGAUGAUUAUGAUGAAGAUCGCGAGAGUUUGAAUGACGAUGAACCAUUGGCGUAUACCGCAGAGCGGUUGGAGAUGGGUCAUGGUACCUCGGGAGGGGUAAGUGCAGCCGCGGACGACGUUCCUCCUCCUCUACCCCCAAAGACUUGA